GGCGGCCAUGGCGGGAUAUGGCGGAAAUUUGGCCCAUACCCGCUUUACAGGCGGGUCGACCCGUUGACCCGACCCUUUGACCCUUUGACUUAGUUAUAUUAGGUUUAAAAAUUAGGGUUUCAACAUUGUAGUAGCCUCCAAUGUUCAAACUUCAAACUUGAAACUACUCAGCGGCGCCUCCUCUGAUUCUCGGACCGGCGACCACUGCUCCGGCGACGCACCGGCGACCCACUGCUCCGGCGAGCUCCGGCGAUCUCCGGCGACCUCAGGCCUUUGCAUGCAGCCGGUCACUUCUUGAAUCCAGACAUAUUAUAUGACAACGGGCAGUUGGAAUUUGAUAUGGAGGUCACUAGAGGAUUGUAUGAUACCAUUGAAAGGUUGGUGCCAAGCAAAGAUGUUCAAGACAAGAUUCUUGUAGAGAUGGCAAGCUACAAGUCUCGUGGUGGUCUAUUUGGUAGUGACUUCGCUGAACGACAACGCAAGAAAAUUCCUCCCGCUCAAUGGUGGAGGAUGUAUGGCCACUCGGCUCCAAAUUUGCAACAACUUGCUAUUAAAAUCUUAGGCCUAACUUGUAGUGCAUCCGGAUGUGAGCGCAAUUGGAGUGUAUUUGAGCAGAUCCAUUCAAAAAAGAGAAAUAGGCUUGAGCAUAAGAAGUUGCAUGAUUUGGUUUAUGUCAAGUAUAAUCAAAAGUUGGUUGAGAGGUUUAAUCAUAGGCAUGAAAUUGAUCCAAUUUCACUCAAUGACAUUGAUCAGUGCAAUGAGUGGUUAGUUGGAGAGGUGGAUGAUGAAAAUGAUGAAGGGGAUGAUUUGGUUUUUGAGGGUGAUUCACUUAAUUGGGACACUGUUUAUGAGGCUUCGGGGGCUGGGGAAUUGGCUACUUAUACUAGACGUGCCACCACGGGAAAAAGAAAACAGUCAUCUAGUGGUGUUGGUGCUAGUUCUAGAGCUACAAGUGUUAGAUCUAAGAAAAACACAAUGACGUCCACAUCUUCAAGAUCAAAAGGGAAAGGGUUAGAGAGGGUGCUCGAGCUUGAGGAUGAAGAACUUGAUGAUGAGGAUGAGACUGAUGAUAUUGAUGAGGAAUCCGAAGGAGAAGAGGAAGAAGGGUUUGCUCCUUUGGAUGAUGAUGAAGAUGAUGACUACGUGGAUGUUGAUGAGGAGGACUAGCAUUAUUAUCUAUCUAUCUAUUUCUUAUGUCUUAUGUUUGAAGUUGAAGACUUGAACUUAUUAUUGCAUUUUGUUAUGUUUAAACUUUGAACUUAGGAAUAUGUCAUGUUUAAACUUAGGAUAUCAAGUUUUCUAUGAUUUUUCUUGGAUUUUGCAUGUUUUAAUUUCAUAAUUUGCAUAUAUAUAAGUAUAUAUAUUAUUAUUUUA